AUGGCAGCCGAACAGCAGAAACGGAACAUUGUUAUCAUCGGUGGCGGCAUCAUUGGCUCAACCACAGCGUACUUUCUUUCGCACCACCCAAAUUUCAACAAAGAAAGAGAUAGCAUCACACUUUUGGAAGCCACCAAGAUCGCAGGUGGCGCAUCAGGAAAAGCCGGUGGUCUUCUAGCACUAUGGGCGUAUCCGAACUGCAUUGUUCCGCUAAGUUACAAACUACAUCAAGAGCUAGCUGAGAAACAUGGUGGCGCUGAGCGUUGGGGUUACAGAGCUGUGCACUGUGGUCAGGUCGACAUGUACGGUGUGCUAGCCAAGAACAAGGGUACUAAAGACGGUGCGAACGGCAAGAGUAAAGAGGACUCAGUUAGUCUAGAAAAGCGGACGCAGAAAGCAAUCAGCUUACUACGCGCUGCUGGUGUGCCGAAAGAUUUGGAUUGGGUGGCUGCAGAUGGUAUGAAGGCUUAUGAGGAAAUGGGUACACCACUCACAACGGCACAAGUACACCCUUAUUAUUUCACGACGAGCAUGGCACAGCUUGCGGAAGAGAAGGGUGUCAAGAUUGUGUAUGGUUCUGCUACCAACAUCGAUCAAGAGAACGGCGCUGUCAAAUCGGUUUCGUACAAGAGCAAGGACUCAGGCGAAGAGCAAAGACUUGAUGCCGAUACCGUUAUCCUUACAGCAGGCCCAUGGACAAAAACAGUCUGGAAGCCCUCGCCUAUCUCGGCUCUCCGUGCUCACAGUGUCACCAUUCGUCCUUCGCGACCCGUCUCAGCCUACGCACUCUUCACCUCAAUAGACAUGCCUCGCGGCAACAGCAAACGCGGCGAGACUGUAACACCCGAGAUCUACGCUCGCCCCAACCAAGAAGUUUAUGCUUGCGGAGAGGGCGACCAUCUCGUACCACUUCCUACAUCCACCGAUCUCGUACAAUGCGAUGAGAGUCGAUGUCAAGAAAUCUUCGAACAGGUCUCAGCCAUCUCAGAAGAAUUGAGAGACGGAGAGGUUACCGCGAGGCAAGCGUGCUAUCUGCCGAAUGUCAGCAGAGGAAGUGGACCACUUAUCGGAAAGACGAGUGUAAAAGGCCUGUUGAUGGGUGCUGGGCACACAUGUUGGGGUAUUCAGAACGGACCUGCGACAGGGAAACUGCUAAGUGAGUUUGUAUGGGAUGGCGAUGUGAAGAGUGCACAGAUUGGAAGUCUGGAUCCCAGGAAGUUUGGUGUUUAG